AUGCCUGCGCAAGGUCAGGCAAAGCGCCGAUCAGCCGUCCAGCCGCCGGACAAACCUAUUAAACGCACCAGAGUCUCAAGAGCGUGCGAUCAAUGCCGCAUUGCACGAGAAAAGUGUGAUGGUUUGCAGCCCGCAUGCUCAACCUGCGCAACCUCAAAGAGAAGGUGUACUUACACGGCAAACCCCAAGAAGAGAGGCAUUCAACCAGGCUAUAUCCGCACCCUUGAGUUAGCACUUGCUUGGCUAUUCCAGGAGAAUCCCAAGAACGAGACUUCACUAAAUGAAAAGCUAGCCCAAGAAGGCGCCUCAUCUCUGUUUCUGAGCCGUGAUUCUAAGGAAUCGAACAGAUUGCAUAAACGAUGGCGCAAGGCCAAGUUCUACACGGAUGUAGACAAAUUACUCUCGGGAGGGGAGCCUUCAAGACACGAGCAGUCCGAUCCACUAUCGCCCCAAAGCGAAGAAGAUGACUCGGACGCAGAGGAACUCAUUACUCCUGACAUCGGUCUCGGUCUGGGAUCAAGUGAGGUUUCGCAAGCCAAAGUCAAGCUCGCCCAACCGUCAUUUCAGCAACCAAUACCACCAUCACAGCAACUGUCGGAAGAUGAUACAACUAUCUUGAUGCCACCCGAUAGCUGGAGACUACUUGAAUCCUACUUUACCUACACGCAGUGUUGGCUCCCGAUAUGCGAAAAGCAUGAUAUCUUGAAGUUGUCAUAUGCUUACCCCGUUGAUGGUCUUGCUUCAUUUAUUAUUCAGGCAAACUCUGGUGCACAUGCGGAGCUGUGGAGUGUCCUAGCCGUGGCUUCGUUGCAUGACCCCGAUAACAUGGUCUCGACCAAUCAAAACCACCCUUCCUUCAAGACUUCGGACCAACUGUACGACAUUGCAAGGUCCUUGUUGCCUAGCGAGUUGGGUAGUUUCGAGAUUAGUCAUACUAAAGCACUUUUAAACCUGGCAAUAUUCAACAUGACUCGAUCCCUACCCGAUGCAGCCUGGGUGCUUGUCGGCUGCGCUUCAAGGAUUCUAGAUAUAAUAGGUCAGACGAAGCUUAUGGCGAACCCUAGACAAAAACACGUGUUAUCUGGCUGUUUUCUACUCGAUAGCAUGCUUGCGCUACAGCUUGGUCGGCGCCCAUACCUUCAGAAAUAUGACUUGGAAGUUCUUGGGAAGAUCGACGAGGACGGCCUCGAGGAGUGGCAACCCUGGAACGGUCAUUCUCAAUUAUCUUUGCGAGAGCAACCAAGGGCACCGAUCCUGGCACUUAGCACCUUCAGCAAUCUUUUAGACAUCAUUGAUAUACUCGUCGACAGCGAACAAUCGUCAGUCUCAUCAACUCAUGACCACGAAAUCUAUAGUCGUCUUCAGAGCUGGGGAGCUUCGUUACCAUCGAAACUGAACUACAUAUGUUCCGAAACUGCGUCCACGCCCCUCACUCCACCGGCUGUUCUACUCCAAACCACAUAUUAUUGUGCUGCUUUGGUUGCAAGGCCAUCCGAGUUAUGGCUUUGCCGGCUAUUGGAGGUCAUAGAGCAAUUUCAGGGACGAAUGGGACACACAAGCUUGCCACCAGGGAUCCAAUGUCUCAUGACAGUCAUCAACAAACACAUUGCUCAUCUAACAUUGGACGAGACAACUCGAGUUCGUCUACAACGGCUACAGAUUGGCAUAAGAAGUACAUGGCCUUCACGUCCUAAAGAUAAAGUCCAUGCGAACGCUUCUCUAACCGUUCACACGAACCUUCCGAUCGCUGCUAUACAGUUGCCACUUCCUGACUCUGUAAAUAUAUCCAUCGCAAGUACACAGUCAACCGACCAGCCAGUGAGAGAGGAUAAUGCAUACACCGCAUCAACUCAACCCGACGCCCUCCCACCUAGACGAAACACAAGCAUAGCUUCAGAUCAGCCGUUCAAUUCACUUUUUAUCCCACCCAGCUUGGCGCUAUCAUCAGAUCCUCGCCAUCCGGGUCCCACAGGUGAUCUAGAGAGCUUCUUCGAUGAGCUCGCGUCCUUGGAUAGUGCACCACAACUGGAGAAUCAACCGCAGUUCAUGCAGAAUCUGGGAUUUGCACCAGAUGCGAACAUGGCCGAUUUGUUCAGCGAGUACAUUCCGAUGCAGUCGACGGCUUUUCUCUCACAGGAAGAGACUGGGGCCCCUACCUUUGAUCAGUACAAUUUCUACAACGCGAGCUAG